AUGUUACGAUUUCUGAAUCUGAUAAUUCUAUUAGUUAUUUUGCUGGAAGAAAUAAUUCCAUCACAUCAGCUUGCUUUAUUUGAUGGGAAGUUGGAUAUUGGACAGUUGAAGGACGAUCGAUUGCUACGUUUAUAUGAAAGCAUUGAACAACAAGGCAAUGUUUUUUAUGAACAUCCUUCAUGUCAGCAGAAUUGUACUGAACUGAAUCCGGAUGCCGUACUUCAAAAGUGUCCAGUGUUACAACGUGGCCUUACAUGCGGCAAAUAUAAAGUAUACCAUUAUCGUCGUCAUUGUUUAACUGCAACAGUUUAUUGCCGACGAAAUAUGACGAACAUUAAUGAAGUUGCUGUAUAUGUUGCUGUUACUGGCACUGAUUUGAAUGCUAACAAAACUGGUUUAUUUGUGCUACCGUAUAUCGAUAAAAAGGAGAUUUCUGUACCACAAAUAGUUGUUGAAAAAGCUUACCAAGGAAAUGGUAAUAUGGGUGAACUUGUUUGUGAUUCAAGUGGUAAUUGGAUCUUAUAUGAUACAAAUUAUCAGUAUAUGGUUGAACAUCUGUUUUGUUUAGUUGUCGAAGCAAGAAAUUUGAAUUAUUUGUUGGAUUUACGUCGUCCUGAAUUUGAUCGUAUAACUACAUUAAUACCAUAUCGUCGCCGUGAUCCCGAGUUUUUCAAUCAGCCGUAA